CCCCGCUCCGGGCCGAGCCUGGGCAGGGGCGGAACGGCCGUCCCCGCCCCGGAGGCCGCCCCACGCCGAGUUCCUGCAGCCCUCCGAGGCUUCCUGCCCCCGCCCCAGCCGCUGUCCCCUCCGUCCCGCGCCCCCACCCGCGGCUCCUUUCUCUCCCCAGCGCUGGGCCCGGGCGUCCCUCCCCAGCCCCCCCAGCGGCAUGGUGGCACCUGGGAGGUGUCGGCUCCGAUUCCUCACACGCUGAGCGCCCACUACGUGCCCGGCUCGCUGGGGGUCGGUGUGUGGAGCCGGGCACCGCAGCGAGCCCUGGUUCUGCGUUAUUUUGUCCUCACGACAGACCUGCGGGGUCAUCGUCAGUAGACAGUUUCUGUGCAAUCAUGACAGGAGGUGCAGGCUGGGCUCUAGUAAAUCUUCAGUUUACCAUUUCUCCACUAAAACACCCCAGCAAUGUUAAGUUUACUGUUUAUUUAACAAAAUUGCACUGAGCGCCUACCAUGUGUCAAGCCCUGUGCUGUGAAAAGAUGCACUACCGCCUUCUGGAAGCUCACCAUGUAGGGAGAUAACUGCAUAGGGUGAUUUCCCCAUGGACAAUGGCAGCUACGAUUCAGGCCAUGGAGAGGAAGAUUGAAUCGCAAGCUGCUCGCUUGCUUUCCCUGGAAGGUCGAACUGGAAUGGCCGAGAAGAAGCUGGCCGACUGCGAAAAGACGGCUGUGGAGUUCGGGAACCAGCUGGAGGGCAAGUGGGCGGUGCUGGGGACCCUGCUGCAGGAGUACGGGCUGCUGCAGCGGCGGCUGGAGAACGUGGAGAACCUGCUGCGCAACAGGAACUUCUGGAUCCUGCGGCUGCCCCCAGGCAGCAAGGGGGAGGCCCCCAAGGUGCCCGUGACCUUUGAUGAUGUGGCCGUGUAUUUUUCCGAGCAGGAGUGGGGCAAGCUGGAGGACUGGCAGAAGGAGCUCUACAAGCACAUGAUGCGGGGCAACUAUGAGACGCUGGUCUCCCUGGACUACGCCAUCUCCAAGCCCGAGGUCCUCUCCCAGAUUGAACAAGGGAAGGAGCCAUGCAACUGGCGUCGCACUGGCCCCAAGAUUCCAGAUGUUCCUGUGGACCCGAGUCCAGGCUCGGGACCCCCAGUUCCCGCCCCUGACCUCUUAAUGCAGAUCAAGCAAGAGGGUGAGCUCCAGCUCCAGGAGCAGCAAGCUCUGGGUGUGGAGGCGUGGGCUGCUGGGCAGCCAGAUAUUGGGGAAGAGCCCUGGGGCCUCAGUCAGCUGGACUCUGGAGCAGGAGACAUCUCCACAGAUGCCACCUCUGGUGUCCAUUCCAACUUUUCAACCACUAUCCCGCCCACUUCCUGGCAGGCAGAUCUCCCUCCCCACCAUCCUUCUUCAGCAUGCUCGGACGGGACACUGAAGCUCAACACAGCAGCCUCCACGGAAGCAGAUGUAAAAAUUGUGAUCAAAACAGAAGUCCAGGAAGAGGAGGUGGUGGCCACACCCGUGCAUCCUACUGAUGUAGAGGCUCACGGGGCCCUGUUCGGACCAGGCCAAGCCACGAGGUUUUUCCCUAGUCCUGUCCAAGAAGGAGCCUGGGAAAGCCAGGGCAGUUCCUUCCCCAGCCAGGACCCCGUGCUGGGGCUGCGAGAGCCCUCCCGGCCCGAAAGGGACAUGGGGGAGCUCAGCCCCGCCGUGGCCCAGGAGGAGACCCCUCCAGGGGACUGGCUCUUCGGUGGUGUCCGGUGGGGCUGGAAUUUCCGCUGUAAACCUCCAGUGGGCUUGAACCCAAGGACUGGGCCGGAGGGGCUGCCUUACUCCUCCCCCGACAACGGAGAGGCUGUCCUAGACCCCGGCCAGGCCCCGAGGCCCUUCAGCGAACCCUGCAAGUACCCUGGCCGGACCAAAGGCUUCGGCCACAAGCCAGGGCUGAAGAAGCACCCCGCGGCGCCCCCGGGCGGACGGCCGUUCACCUGCGCCUCGUGCGGCAAGAGCUUCCAGCUGCAGGUGAGCCUGAGCGCGCACCAGCGCGGCUGCGGGCUGCCCGACGGCGCGGGUGGCGGCGCGGCGGGCGCGGCGGGUGGCGGCGCGCGGGACGGGAGCGCGCUGCGCUGCGGGGAGUGCGGCCGCUGCUUCACGCGCCCGGCGCACCUCAUCCGCCACCGCAUGCUGCACACGGGCGAGCGGCCCUUCCCCUGCACCGAGUGCGAGAAGCGCUUCACGGAGCGCUCCAAGCUCAUCGACCACUACCGAACGCACACGGGCGUGCGGCCCUUCACCUGCACCGUGUGCGGCAAGAGCUUCAUCCGCAAGGACCACCUCCGCAAGCACCAACGCAACCACGCGGCGGGGGCCAAGGCGCCGGCCCGCGGCCAGCCGCUCCCGCCGCUGCCCCCCGCGCCCCCGGACCCCUUCAAGAGUCCCGCCUCCAAAGGACCCUUGGCCGCCACAGACCUCGUGACCGACUGGACUUGUGGCCUAAGUGUCCUCGGACCCACCGAUGGCGGGGAGCUGUGAGCGCCCGCGACCCAUGCCGGCCGCGAGUGUAAGAAGCCCCGUCUGCAGACCGCAGGUGGCGUGGGAAGCUCAGAGGCAGAAAAGAGACUGGGGCACCGCAUGGCCCCGUUGCUGAACUGAUCACUGGAAAAAGAGACACUGUCAGACAGUACAGCUUUCACCUCUAAACAAAGUAGAGUUCUCGGAUUGUGAAACUGAGCACCGUAGAAUUUAAGUAAUUUAAUUGCAAAUCUUUUUUUUUUUUUUUAAUUCUUGAGGAAAAAGCUGGAAAAUGGUAGUAGCACCAGUUUGUAGCGUACUUUUGGUUUUCAGGGCGUGUGUUUAUAUCGGCUGUCUUACCGAGUCUGAUGGUGAGUGUGUGGGGACGCUGGGGACGGGAGGUGAGGAAGGACCUGGACGACCCUGGCCCCACUGACUCCUGGCGAUGGGGUCCUACGGACCACACAGUCUCGUGGGAGCUGAGAGCCUGCUGUGCCAGCCUCUGAGCACUGAGGGCCAUUGGGUGCCGUGGAACCCCAACCUGGGCUGAGCAGGAAGAACCUGUCCAGGAGCAUCCGUUCCAUUUCCCAGCUUGCCUCUCCCUCUGAAAAGUCCCCGCAAAAGUGAUGACCUGACUUUUCCCUAUUUCGGGCAUCCGUGUGAAUGGAACUUGGCAGUGUCCCCUUUCGUGUGACCCCUGGGCUUCGUAAGGGAUAGUUGUCUGAAACCAUAGUGUUAAGUCUGGAGGGGAAGAAACUGUGGCUCUGGGACUUGAGUCCUCAAACAUCCAGUCCCCGGGAAAGCCGGGAACCAAGCCUGGCCUGGCCUGGCUGCCCUGCUUGGGGCUGAUCCCUCUCCGUGACUUUGGGAGGCAGCAAGAUAGGUAUUUCUUUCUUUUCAGGGGUGAGGAGACAAACUGCUCAAGGGCGACCCAUCUCAGCUUCUCACUGUGGGUACACACAGUGUGCCAGGAGCUGAGAAGAGCCACCGGGGAGACACAGUUCAUUCUCCUGGAACAUCAGUUUGGGGGAGAAAAGGUUUCUAUUUUUGCCCUCUUAAAAGAUUUGUCCCACACCUGCGUGAGUCAAAUCAUCAGGCCUCAAAGGCCCUCUGCUUGCAUGCAGCCCUGCCUUUGCUGAGCACUGGCCUCCUUGGAGUGUGCCCACGACGGGCUCUAGGAGGCACAGUUUGUGGGGCUGGGUAAGGGAUAACUGGCUUGUUCUUUCCCAUGUAUAUUAUCUCAAAGGUGGGAUUAGAAGGGAGCCCAGAUUUCUUGAUUCUGCCAGUGCUGUCCCUACCACACAAAUAUCCAUUCCUGUUUUGUUGGAGCAGCCACUGGUCCUCUUGCCCCAAAUGGGUAACUUGUCCCCCCUGUGGUGGGAGAGACCAUGGCUUUCAUUCAUUCAGCUUCCUCAUGCGUACUUUUAUUAGGCAAUAGACUAGUUAAGAAAAUUGUUUCUAUGUACUGUAUAUUUUGUACCUGUUUACACUUCUAAUAUUGAUAUAACUGAUAUUUUGAAAAACAAAUGA